UCACUGUUCCUUCUCCUAAUUUCAACUAUGAAGAAUCAAACUCUCCUACACCCAAAUGUCGAAGCACGCUAUACAUCUCACUCCAUCAUCGCCGUCCAUCCUUCUUCCAAGAUUGAAAAUCAUUUCCCCCACUCCAUCAAACAUUUCCACGUCACCUCAGCCGUUACUUGAUCUUUCUUUUCCCCCCUGGUUUCCUUGUCCGAAACCUGCCCGCGCUUUAUAAAUAUUCCAGCCAAAUUGCCCCUGGCCUGUAAAAUUUUACCUCUUUUUUUCCUUUGUUUCCUCUUCUUAUUUCCAUAUCCAUAUAUUUUUAGUUUUGGUUUUAUUUUUUCAUUUUUUUAAUUUGAUUUUUUGCCAUCUCUGUCAUGUCAACGGCUGGGGAGAUGGAGCCAUUGACAUCGGGAGCAAGCAAUCGGAUAAUCCCGAUCUUAAAAACUCUAAGAACUCCUCUGAUUUUCAUUCAAUCAGUAAUCUUGUACAUCCUCAUCCUACUCUUCCCUCGGCGCCGGCAAUUUCGGACGGAUGUUGCGGCGGUUGACGGUGCUGCUUCCGAGCCGCAAUCUCCGGCUAAAACGGCGAGGCGGAAAUCGUUAUGGAGGCUAGAAGAGGAGGACACCUUAAGAAGGAGAUCGUUGGCGGAGGGUUUGAACAUGGGGCUCGAAACCGAGGACGGAGAGAUUCAGUACCGCUGGAACACAUCUCUGUUCUUUGGCGUUCGAAGAAAUGCCUUGUUUAGCCGGUCUUGGCUUCCGGCUACCGGUGAACUAAAGGGAAUUUUGAUCAUUAUACAUGGGCUGAACGAGCACAGUGGAAGAUAUGCUCAAUUUGCAAAGCAACUAAUCUCUUGCAACUUUGGUGUAUAUGCAAUGGACUGGAUAGGUCAUGGUGGCAGUGAUGGAUUGCAUGGAUAUGUUCCUUCACUUGAUCAUGUUGUUGCAGACACUGGGGCUUUCUUGGAAAAGAUCAAAUCAGAGAACCCAGGUGUACCUUGCUUCCUUUUUGGUCACUCUACCGGUGGAGCUGUGGUUUUGAAGGCAGCUUCCCAUCCUCGUAUUGAAGGAAUGCUGGAGGGAGUUGUGCUGACCUCUCCAGCUUUGCGUGUUAAACCAGCACAUCCAAUUGUUGGGGCUAUUGCUCCUCUUUUUUCUCUGGUUGCUCCUAAGCUCCAGUUUAAAGGUGCGAACAAGAAGGGCAUCCCAGUUUCAAGGGACCCUGCCGCACUCUUGGCCAAGUACUCUGAUCCCUUGGUCUACACUGGUCCAAUAAGGGCCCGAACUGGGCAUGAGAUAUUGCGCAUUUCCUCUUAUUUGAUGCGGAACUUUAAGUCCGUGACAGUCCCAUUCUUUGUUCUGCAUGGGACUGCAGACAAAGUCACUGAUCCACUCGCCUCCCAGGAUUUCUACAACGAGGCAUCCUCCACCUUCAAAGACAUAAAGCUCUAUGAAGGCUUCUUGCAUGAUCUUCUCUUUGAACCCGAGCGUGAAGAGAUAGGGCAGGAUAUAAUCAACUGGAUGGAGAAGCGAUUAGGCACCAUAGCCGAAAAUAUUGAUCAUAUCUGGUGAAUGAUCUUGCAGGACGCCAUCUCAAGUGUUUUUUUUUUUUCCUUUCUCAAAACUAAUGUUAGAACAUCGCACUUGAAAGAACAAGUAGAUGUUUUAGUAAAAUUUAAAAGCUCACGUUUGUUGAUCUGGUUUUAUAGUGAAAUUUGUAACCGUGUAUAAUCAAUAUUAAUCUAGUGGUUUGUUUCAUUUUA